AUGGCCAAUCCAGAUACUCCCACUUUGGAUACGGAUGAUGCUGAAUCGACGGCUCCCGAAAGUACGUUGAGUCUGAAGCGUUCGCCUACGGCUUCCUCAUAUUACGACUUUGACCAAAUGCCCUGGGACGGUGAACAGGGCCAAAGUUGGAUGUAUGCUAGGCAUGCUCGGGCCCAGCAAAGGGGGUUACGCCUCUCCCGUUUUCGAUUUGUCGUCCGCAGAGCGACCAAGACUUUCUCUCGCCGUAAAUACCCCAGUUAUUUCGGUAACAUUGAGAAGCUUCCGUUGAACACCAAACCAGGCCUUAUCUUCAACCGGAAAAAGAAGAUAUACACUAUCGGCUGGCUUCACCAUCCUUUGAUACCCGGCCAUACCACAACCUUCUCUGGCAACAAGCGCAAGUACAAGCCCAAUCCCGGGAUGGUCAGAAGUUUCUAUGCCCCCAAGAAUCCUGUAAUCUUCGAUGUUGCCUACCAUACAAAAGAAAAUGGAGAGUCCAAGAAUGGAGAGUUUAAAAUGGCGACAUACCACCCAGCUGUCAAGCAGGUGAACGAAAUAGGGGUGGUUGCGGGAAAUUCCGAUGAA